CUUCUCUCUCUGCAAGAACAAACAACGUCUGCCUCUCUCUACAACUUUGCUCUGUAGCUUUUAGCUUUUAGCUUCUGCUUAUCGCCCAAGCUUGCAGAGGAAGGUUCAGCUUCAGCCUCUUCAUAUUCCAGGGCGGGCCAAGGUUUUCAACUAGCUCGUCAGCUCAGCGCUCACUCUCGCAACCGAGUUCGUUCUUAACUCAACUCACUCGUCCACUCAACGCGAUGAUGAUGACUCGGCGAGUCGGUGUGGUCGUUACGUCGUCUUUACUCGUCUUCUUCGCAGUAGUGGCUGCAGUGCUGCUGUUCGUGCCUGCGUUUGACCAUGCUGUAUUCAUGAGCAUCCGCCAUGGUUCCAUGGGUUCAAGCUCGUCUGGUGCGGGAAACAACACUCUCACUGCAACCCACCGCAAGCUUCUUCUUCGUGCGACAGAAAUGGACGAACCAAACAGAAUUCCAGGAGAAAAGUGUAGCAAGGCAGACAUAGUGAUAAACCAGGGUCCCACGGGCCCACUGCCAAGUGGUAUUCCCACCUACACCGUUGAGAUCAUGAACGUGUGUGCCAGCGGAUGUGAUGUCUCUCGCAUCCACCUCACCUGUGGUUGGUUCAGCUCGGCUCGGCUUGUGAACCCUAGGAUCUUCAAGCGCCUUCACUACAACGACUGCCUUGUGAACGAUGGCAAGCCUCUGGUCAAUGGCGGUACACUGUCCUUUCAAUACGCCAAUACUUUCCUCUACCACCUCUCAGUUUCCUCCGUUUCAUGCUCUUAAUAUCUCAAUAUUAACAAAAGAUCACCUUACUAUAAUAAUAUCACACGACAUGACAACAACAAAAACGACAAUUAUAUAAAGCACCUAAAGCAGGAUUUAGUAUAGCUAAGCUAGUUUGAGCUUUCCUAAGAGACCCAUUUUGCCCUUCUUUGUUUUUGGAUGGUUUCAACUCUUUUCUGGGAUUUGUGUACCUGAAAUGGUGUUUUGGGUGGUGGACUGGCUGAAGAUGGAUUAGGGUAGAAAUGCACGGUGACAGAGAGAGACUUGGCUGGGCCUGAACUUCAAAUUGAGUUUUUGACAUGUUUUGGGUUUCUCUCCUGUGUAUAUAGUAAUAUACUAUAGACUAUAGUAUAGGAUAUGGUUUACUGUCAUUACUUUGUUGGAGAUGCAAAAGCUCAAAUGUGAUAUUAAAGGAAUA